ACUCGUACUGUCUUGGUGAUUUCGUGUUUAGGUUGGAAAGGAACCAGCUUGUUGAUCAAGCUGAUGGACAGAAUUUCAAUAAUAAUGCAAUUGCAGAAAUGGGUAUGGGCAAAGAAACUCCCCUUAAAUGUGAGACUUGCAGUAAAGAUCAGAACGAGUACUCUGAUAAAUAUUAUUCAUCCCAUAUUGGCAAUGUAGUGGGCUUCAAAGAUGGUGGUGUCAAGGUGAAAUGGGCUACUGGUCUUACAACCCAGGUUGCUCCUAAUGAAAUCUUUCGAAUAGAUAAAUUUGAAGGUUCAUCUACAACUCCCGAAGAAAACAUUGAGGAAUUGAAUCAUGAGUUGAUUGAGGACGACAAUCAAUCUUCCCCAGGGAAAGAAAAGGAUGUGUCAGAUCUCAAUAUUGUUGAUAAAGAUUGCAAAAAGUACCCAUGGUAGUCUACUUCCUCCCUCC